AUGAUGAUCAAACCAGGUCGUGAGCCUUCCGGUACUGUCGCAUCAAAGAGCUUACACUCGAAACUGAGUGAAGUCUCCCUCUACAUCCUUCUCAUCUCCCUGUUUGACAACAUCGAGGAUCUUCAAAUCAACCCACGUUUCUCACUGUCAUUGGACUGCCAAGUAAUGGCCGAGCGCAUGCUUUCAGACCCCAAGCCUAGUAUUGGGCGGUACAGCGCAUCCGAUGUACUCGUAGAGGCCCUUCGUCUGGUUGGGGUGACAAUAGAUUUUGUGAAGGAUGGCUGGAAUUGGUGGGGCUUUCCGAUCAUGCGUUGCGAGCGUGGACAGACUUUCUGGCUUUCGCUGUUUGAGGAGCUCGAUGCUAGAGAAUUCGGCGUCCUCUCUAUUGCAUCUUACCGCGGAAACAUACAACUCUUGCGCGACACGUACAGCAGUGUGGAAGUCGCUCAAGACGAGCGCCUCGCAGUCGUUAAAGGCCCUACUCGUCCGAGCGACCGCAUCACGACCGGCGACAACCGCGAAGUCAUUUACCAAUGGACUCAUACACGGUCGCAUUCGCGCUAA